CCCGCCGCUUCCCGCUCGCUCGAGCGCAUGCAGCUGCGGCCGGAACGGCCCUGGAAGGGGCUGAAGCUGGCAGAGCUAGUAAGAUGGAAAUGUUGGCAGAUGAUAAUGCAAGUGAAACCUUGAAGCCUUUGGUGUUCCGUCUCCAUGAAAAUGCCCCUGCAAUAAUCCGUGAGGUUUUACUGGAACGUGGUUGGACUGAAUUUGACCGAAAGGAGCAAGACGACACAGACUGGAACUUGUACUGGCGGAACUCACCUUUUCCUAUGGCAGACCACCACAGUAUUAAACCAUGGCAGAGACUCAACCACUAUCCAGAAGCUGUCAGGAUCACCAGAAAAGACUAUUUGGCAAGGCAUCUGAAACGUAUGAAAGGAGCAUAUGGAUCAACACUGUAUGAAUUUAGUCCAGUGGCAUUCAUCAUGCCCAAUGACUACGUCAAAUUUAUAGCAGAAUACAGCAAAGAGAGACAGACAGUAGGCAGACCUAGCUACUGGAUUUGCAAACCUGUGCAUCUCUCCCGUGGAAGGGGCAUACUCAUUUUCCAAGACAUUAAAGACUUAGUAUAUCACUGUACAGUCAUUGUGCAGAAGUACAUUAGCAACCCCUUGCUCAUUUCAGGAUAUAAAUUGGAUCUUCGCCUUUAUGUGUGUGUCACCAGUUUUUGCCCACUCACCAUUUACACUUAUGAAGAGGGACUGGUGAGGUUUGCCACUGAGAAGUUUGACCUCAGUUCUCUAGACAAUGUCUACGCCCACCUAACAAACACCAGCAUCAACAAAUACGGAGCUUCAUAUAAAGCAUUUAAAGAAGGGAUUGGCUGUGGUUGCAAGUGGACGUUCAGCAAAUUCCGUUCUUACCUUCGAAUUUUUGGGGUUGAUGACACGCUACUGUGGCAAAAGAUGAAUAACAUUGUGAUUCUCACCCUGCUUGCUGUCACUCCCUUACCAGAGGCUUCCAAUUGCUUUGAACUCUUUGGCUUUGACAUCCUGAUUGAUGACAAGUUCAAGCCAUGGCUUUUAGAAGUGAACUACAAUCCAGCUUUGUGUUUAGACUGCUCCAUUGAUGACACUGUGAAAAGAAAACUUCUUCAUGAUAUUGUUGAACUGCUUAACUACAAGCAGGUUGACACUCACAGGCAGAAUGAAAGGCCUGGGUCAAAAGCUGUUAGAAGGCAGGUGCACUGGAGAAGAGCCGGUCAAAGCACCCCGGAAGAGGCUUCUGGCUUACUUUCUGGUCAAAAAGUAUCUACUUGUAUUUCUGCUCCUCAAACACAACCUGCCCUGCAAUUUGCAAGAGGAUCAAUUCAUAAGGCGUCUUCCCUGACCAGGAAAACUGCCAGAGCACAUCCAAGGGAAACACUGACUUCUCAGCUGCGGGAAAAGAUGAAUAAGCCAAAAACAUCCUCUCAAGUAAAAAUUGAAGCUAAAAACAAACAACUCCCAGCUGUACAUCCGCCAUUCAUUUCUGCACAACUCAGCCGGUGGUCACCUUCACCUGAAAUCUGCAACUACAAGUUAAGCACACGCCCCUAUUUCCUCUCUGAUAAAGAUCAGAUGCCUACCCGCCAGGUAGGAGGUUUUGUGCUUAUUUUUCCUUUCAAUGAAGCUGCACUUCAAGCUUCCAAGGACAGCACAGAUGUAAAGAGCAUCAUAAAGGAAAUAAACAAGUUAGUGAGCAAACAAAAUAGCACAAGACAAAAAAAGACAUGAUAUGUAUAACUUCAUAAUUUAAAAGUCAUGCAGACAUCAUGAAUGACACCGUUAGCUUGAAGGUAUGUGGGCUAUGUACUGAAGCUGUAUUAGAAGGAAAUAUUUCAAAGCAUACACAAUGUAAAAAUUGUGAUUUAGCAAUUACCACGAGAGAUUAUUUUUGAAAAUGAA